GCGGCCUGGCACACGCCUCGGACCCGCCGCUGCUGGGCCACACGACCCGCCUUCCGCCACACAAACAUAAUCUUGUUCACCACCCGGGGGGCACUCCACUUACUUUCCAGGCCACACGCACACAAACCGGCAGCAGCAGUACCGCGACGACAGAGAGUCGGCACAGCACCGUGCACCAGCAUCAUCGCAACGGGCAGGCGAAAAAAUGCCAUCAUCUCUCCUCGGCACGGUGAUCUUCUUGCUGGCGGGCGCAAGCCUGACGAAGGCGUGGGUCUCGCCGCCGACUCACCAGCCGCGGAGCCCGGGCGCGGCGGGAGGAGCUGCUGCUCCUUCGACCGGAGCCUCCCCGCGCUUCGGCAGGAGCUCGCUGUCUCCGCGCUCGAAACCUCUCACCAGAUGGGACGCGCAGCUUGAGAGGGCGAGAUCCGCGCAUCGGGUCAAGGAUUGGACAGAGGUGCAGCAUUGGUGUUCCAGGGUGAUCGACCUUGCCGACGACUGGAACGCGGUCGAGCAGGCGCACCUCAGGCUUGCGCUCGCGGCGCAGAAGAGUAGCGGGGUGGCUGGCGGACGGAGAGCAUUUCAGCAAGGCAUACGAGACUGUCCCAGCUCCGACACGCUCCUGGUGGCCUGGGCGCUGAUGGAGUCCAAGAUCAAGCACAGUGCCCACUCCAGGCGGCGCGCCUGGGCCCUGAUCCGCCGCGCCAUCGCCCUCAACCCCAAGAAGAACCGGCGGGUCCUCUCGUGGUCGGUGUUCGCCGGCGACCUGGCCCUGGCAGAGGCGGCGGGCGGGGAAGCCGCCGUCGUGGAGGCGGUACGGUCGGCCCUCUCGCCUCCGACGCUGCCGCUGACGCUGUGGCCGGAGCCGACGGCGGCCGGCGGCAAGGCCAUCGGCGGCACCGGCGCCGGCGCCGGCGGGGUCAGCACAAGGGCCCACGAGCGCGAGGAAGAGACAGUUCUAGCGACCAAGCUUUUGGACCUGUGCCACAGCAACAAGGGUUUCCAAGAAGCGCCUGAGUUUCCUCCCGCUGCCACUGCAGCCGUGCCGGCGGCGACUCCGGCGAAUACGGUGGCCUCCGCGGCGCCAUCCGAGAGGUUCCAGGAGCUCGCGGGGGAGCUGGAGAGGAAGGGGGGCGGGGCCGGGGCCGGGGUGCGCGCGCUCAGCGGCACCUGGAGGCUCGUGUUCACCACCAGCGCGGACUGCAACCGCUACCUUUCCCGAACAGGCAACGAAGUCUACCAGCGGCUAACCCCUCCCAUCAUGGCGAUCAAGCCGAGGCCCUGCUGCAAGCAGCCAGCACCGUUCCGGUGUGAGGUUCUUCUCCGGCCCGCCGCCGCCACGAUGGCAGCCGGUGGUGGAACCGCUGGCGCUUCGUACGGAACCCCACCGCUGUCGCCACCUUCACGCGACUCCAAGGCCGCCCCCAAAGCCACUGUGGCCUACUUCUUCCGCGGGUGGGCGGACAAGUCACCGCCCGACCAACAGAGGGAAGGCUGUCUCCUCAAGCAGCACGUGGCCGCUCGCUCGGCCACCGUCGUCGCCGGCGGCGGAGGCGACGGCGAGACCAGUGCCGGUUCGCCGAAACGCGCGCCCUCGCCGACCCCGCCGCCGGCCGUGUUCAGCGCCCUGGGCCUGGUCGCGGCGAGGUGUAAGGGGUUGGAAAGACUGGUGACGCAGGAGGUGACGUACGUGGGGAAGCAGCUUCGGAUCGGGAGGACAACCGAGGGGGACGUGUACCUGUACGAGCGCUGUGCCUGGCCGAAGGACAUGGACUUUGGCCUCGUUGUUUAGCUAGUUUUUGAUGUUAUUGCCGGUGUCAUGCUUUAGCAGGUUGUCGUUGGAAGGCGUCGUCGGUCGGCGGCGCGUUGUACAGGGAAACGGAGGGUGCAGGCGCGGCAACAAGAGCCGCGGAUCGGAUGUUCUUCGGACAGUCGCUUGCUGAAGAGAAACAUAGUUAGGCAAACUUGUGCGUCAUUUCGUUGGUUGGUUGUUGCGUAAUGGCGUUUCUUUUUGGGUGCCGGCGUUCAAAUUGUGGUGGGGUCAUACGAUGGAGUUGGGAGUGGGGGGUGGUUUUGUUUUGUUCAGUGAAUGGUGUGCGCGUGCCCUCACUAGUUGUAGUUAUGUGGUUUUCUUGUACAAAACAGAAGAAAAGGGUGGAGGUGGAGCGAUGGAUUCGUCGUGUUACAUACAUCGCAAGUAGACGGUGCUGUCCCUUGUAGGCUCGAGCACGACAAGCUCAUUCCUGGUGAGUUACCGUUAGAGUUACCGUACCCUUUUCGUGUUUAGUCCUUGCGUGAUGAACGAUACAGUUCAUGUAGCCCCUCAUCUUUGGACAAGACGGUGAGGAGAGGCAUGUUGUACUCGCCACCACGCUUUCUAGUGCUGUGGUUGGAUAUUGUUUCGGUUGUGUACGAGUAGGUUGUGUGACCCAGUAGGUGCAGUGUAAGUGGGUUUACAGGGGAGAGUAAUUCCCCUUUGGUUGGAAUUCGUGCUGGCGGUCGGGGCGUCGUUUCGCCGCGAACGCCCGCGCACGGCAUGUGCGAUGAAAUCCCCUCUUUGGGUAUUUUGUGCGCCUCGCUAGGCUAUUAGGAAAGGGACGUUGUUGGUGCGCUAUUGCCAUCCUGAAACUGUUAAGCGUGUUCCCCGCCGGGCAUUGCUGUUACCCCGCAAACAACGGAACAUACUAGGGUAGUGAAGCGACUUUAUUUUUUCCUUUGGUGAAGUGCCAUGCUGAACCUUCUAGGAAGGGUUACAGUCCUGUGGUAUGUACAGCAGUAUUCGGUCGAAGUAGUCUAGAUGUCGUGGAAUUCAGGAGGGAGUUUGUUAUGUUGGUCGUGCGGAGAACCCAAACUCCUUUGCGGAAUCUCCCAUCCAGUGGGUGUUUUUUUUCGUGAAAGAGUGGGUCCGGGGCAUGUGUAUUUUCCCGAUCAGGGAGGGGGGCUAGAGGAGUAGAGGUGAGUUAAUAGUAUAGAAACUUUCGCCGUGGCAGCUGCUGCACUUCAUUUUUCUUCGGAUGCUGCUGCAAUAUGUUCCUCUUGAAGUAACAAACAAGCAACCGCGGAGAGGUAGGUCUACCCG